AUGGCACUCCCAGAAAUAAAGGACAUGAAACUGCGAGAAAUGAGGACCGAAUUGGAAGGCUACGGGAUAUCGACCAGAUCCUUUUUGGAGAAGCGAGAGUUCUUGGAUGCCCUGAAAAAGGCGCGAGACGAAGGCAUGACUCCCAUCAAUGGAAGAAGCAAUGACAAUCCACAGGCCCAACAAGAAAAAUCUGCCAAUGGAUACUACCAAGGCUCCGCUGGAUACGCACAAUCUGCCAAAUACAGCACUGAGUCUUCCAAUGGUCAAACCUACAAACGAGCAACAAGGAAUGGCGCCAGUGCUCAGCAGACAAAGACAACAACAACAAACAACAGCCACAGCAAUGGCGCUGAACAACAACAACAACGUAAUGGCAGCACGGACAAAACAUCAUCAUCAUCACGAAAACAACGUUUACAGCAAGAAUUAGAAAAGGCAAAGACAAUGCGAGUAGGAGAGCUGAGGCAACAACUCAAGGAAAUGGGAAUCAACACCAAGGCGUUCUUUGAAAAAUCAGAGUUUGUGCGAGCCUAUGCCGAAGCCAUUGUAGAUGGAAAAGGAGGUGCUAGUGGCUCCAGUCAACAACAGCAGCAACAACAAGAACCCUUUGAUCCAGAAUAUCGCGAUGUUGUCCUACAGAAAUUUGAUGCGGAAGCACAAAAAGGUUACCUCCUGGCUGGAACCAUUAUUGAUAUUGAUUUGAAGCAGUAA